AUGGCUCACUUGGAAGGGUUCCUGCCUACAGGUCACAGGUGUUGCAGUGUAAUGCCAGCUCUGGCCAAGUACUCGUCCUCCAACAUCGUACCUACCACCAGCCUCUGCUGUGGGAGCUCUUUCGUAGUGUAUCCCACCUGGCUCGCUGAGCCCCUCACCCCCCAGAGGUGCCAUUGGAUUACCCAUUGCCUCCCCUCCCCUGGCCCAGCAUGGAAGAGGCUGAGUGCAUCAAGAUCAGUAGGCUUAGACAGCAAUGUCCCUGUGCUGGUGAGAGGGGAACAAGAUGGAUUUUAUUACCGUGGUACAGUAAAAGAGGAGCUAGAGCAGGGUGAAACAGGCAUGUUCCUGGUAGAGUUUGCCAAACCACUUGUGUCAAGUGGAAGACAUCCAGUGUGUGUGCAAAAAACAGCAAAGGAUGACAUCCUGGAAUAUGUGAAUGGGAUGAAGCACUCCUUACUCCCUGGAGACAAAGUGCUGGCACCUUGGGAGCCAGAUAUGGCCAGGUAUGGCCCAGGAACCAUCCUCACAGGCACUGAGACAAGGGACCCAUUACGAGCCUCAGAAGAUGAAGAAAUUAUGGUCCAGUUCUGGAAUGACAAGAAAGUAAAACUCCCGAGUGGUGUGGCUCUGUGGGUCCCUCCUAGCCUGUGGAAGAGGACUGUAGAGAUGAUCCACAUGCCCUUCACCAGCAGGGUGAAGCCCAGAGAAAGUCCAGACACUAACUUUUGUAUUUUUUCCUGCACUCUUAAACCAUGUCUAAUUCCUGUUUGUGCGGUAUGUAGCCUUGCCAAGCACUGCUUGCUGUGCUCACCCUGCUUGCCACAUUUCCACUGUCACUGUGGUGGUAUGUGCUGCUCAUCAGCGUACAUAAGGUGCAUCUGCCGCUGCUAUCCCCAUGUUGAUGCCUGGUGGACUCUUCCCUCCAGAUCUCUGGUCUUUCAGAGCAAAGCUGAAGAGGCAGAGUCCAGCAGUGAGCCCUCUCCGUGUCUUCUGGAACUGAAAGGCCCAAAACAAGAAGCAGCAGCAGCUAUGGCAGCGUCUUCCCCCUCUUCUGAUUCAGAGUGGGACCUGGAGCCAUUCCCCAGUAAGCGUACUGUGGUGGACAGUGCUGUUAACACAGGCUCCAGCUGUCUUGAGAGCCCCAGGCUAAAGGAUUCUGCAAGACCCGAGUGGAAAUACUGGAAAAGAAGCCACUGCAAGUCCCAUCCCAGUAAUUCAGGACCUGGCAAUCACAGCAGCACAUGUACAAAGAGCAUGCCGGAAUCCAAAGCCACCUCUGUUGGGGACAUGUCCCAUGUUGCCCCAACUAAUCGGAGUGCAAUGUUUGAAACCAUCGAGCAGCCUCCCAGAGGGCAACUCACCAUGAAAGAAAUCUUAAGAGACCAAGAUUUCAAGCUGUCAUUGAGGGAAGAAGGUUUUGCAGCAUCAAAAAACCAAAGAUAUAAAACAACAAGAAAGAAAACAGAGUCGGAUGAUAAAUGUAAAGUGACUUGUGUAGGAGAUGGCAAGCUUGACAAUACAGACCAUGUCAGAAGAGGACAGACAGAAAAAACAGCAAAGAACUUACUUGCAACAAAGCAGACAUAA